AUGGCACCCUCCGCAGUUAAUUCGUUGAUCAAUGAGACUAGCCAGACGACCAAGGAUCUACUUCCCUGUCAUAAGUCAAACCCACCCUCUAAUGUCAUCAUCCACGCCGCCAUCAACGAUUUCAAGUCCCAAGCCUUACUUUCCCCCCACCCGAAGCAUCAGUGGCAACAGAACACCGAAAAGGACCGGCAACUGAUCGCCCGGUAG